AACCCGAGCUUUCUUAAAAUUUGCAAGAACACAUGGGGUUUGUCCGCAUACCCGAAUUAGGUUAUGUGUUUUUCUCCCAAAUGCUCUUCUAUGGCACCGAAGGACCCUGGCUCACUAGAGUCACGUACUUGAUGUGGAAUUGCUCAAGUACAAGUGAUGUCUGGAAUUGUUCAAGUGAUGUGCUGAUGUGCUUUGCUCAUCCUAAUCAUCCAGAUUAGUCGGGCUCUCAAUUCGGGAGACUUGCUUAACCCUUGUUUGCCUUACUGAAGAAAAACACUUUCUGUGGUGGAACACCUAAUUUAGAGACCUACAAAAACAGACCCGUUUGAAGGAGGGAUGGGCUCCUGAAGUUUCCUUCCCUGUAUGGUGGAGAACAUAAGGCUAAUUUGCAGCAUUUGAAGUAGAUCCAGAAGACAACUACUAACUAUAUACUCGUCAGGCAAGCUGAGUGACGAAGACAAUGAGAAGCUGAAGAAGGUCCUCAACCUCGCAGGAAAGCCUGGGAGCAACAUGCGCCGUGCGGUGUGGCUGUGGACCGAGGACAACUGCGCCGAAGCCUUGGGCGAGAAUGAAUUGGAAGGCGAGAUCCCCAAGUGCACUGGCAAGCAGCUUGUCAUGGAUGAAGUGAAAUUUGAAAAGGAAGAUGACAAGAAGAAAGUUGACACCAUGAUUAAGCGCGUGAUGCAGAUGUUCAUGGAGGAUCAAGCACAGGCCGACGUGCCUUAUAUCCCGCCAGAGAGCGCGAAGAAGCGCGCGGUCUGGCUCUGGGACAAGGACGCAGUGAAAGAGUUCCUCUCAGAGGUGGAAAUCGAUGUGGAGAUGAAGGAUGGGAAGGAGCUUUUGACGGAUGGUCGCAACAAGUUCAAGGAUGGCCAAGAUGAAAAGGUCCAGGAAGUCCUUGGCAGCAUCGGUUUGAUGCUCAUGCAGGACAUCGUCAUGGCCUGAGCAGUCUGAGGGGCUCAUCAGGAAGGGAAAUGGCUGGCCCAGGCCGGGAAGGAAUGGAGGAAUGGAGGCUAUGAACCAUUGACAGGUUCCUGAAGUUGAACCAGGUCGAUUUCCUGAAUUUUGCCUUUGCCUGCACGGUACAGACAAAGAUACUGUACUGCAAAUUUCAGAUGCUAAGUUCAUAGCGGGCCAGCUCCCGAGUGCCAGCAACCAAUUGUC